AAAAUGAAAAACUUUGCUAGUGAGAGAGCCACACACUCAAACCAGAUAACUAGCAGAGAUGGAAUUAGCUCCUUAACCACUCAAAUAGCAACCAUGAGCAUCUGCAACUGCAACUCCUCUGCUUGAAACUGAAACCACUAAAAUGGCCUAAAUGUUUACAGUAAGUGAGUACAGCAACCACAGCCGGCAGCAUCAGCCGGUAACAGGGCCCGCCGAGCUGAACUUGCCAAGAGUGCUGUGGGUCCUUUCUUCCACCUUAGAGAAGCUGGUUGCUCGCAAUGAAAAGCUAGUGGAUGAGCUGAACCAGAACCUAGAUAAGCUGAAUCGUGGCUCGGUAAGAUUAGGGAAGAGCUUGAAUGCAUUUCAUGGGGUUAGAGCACCAGGAAUAAGCAUACCUAAGUACUUGGAGAGGAUAUACAAGUACACUGAUUGUAGCCCUUCAUGUUUUGUGGUUGGCUAUGUGUAUAUAGAUAGACUGACUCAUAAGCACCCUGAUUCUCUAGUCUUAUCCUUGAAUGUGCACAGGUUGCUAGUUACAUGUGUCAUGGUGGCUUCCAAGAUGCUAGAUGAUGAACAUUAUAACAAUGCGGUAUAUGCUCGAGUAGGAGGGGUGAGCAAUGGUGAAUUGAACAAGCUUGAAUUAGAGUUACUCUUUCUGUUGGAUUUUAAAGUUAUGGUAAGCUCUGGAGUUUUUGAGAGUUACUGUUUGCACUUAGAAAAAGAGAUGCUUGUAAAUGGCAGAGGCACGAAGAUUGAAAGAACAUUGUCACCUAAGUCUAUUGAGAAAGAAAUAUCAAUUGAAGAUAAGCAAAGCUCUUCCCCACCUCAAAUUCUGGACUGACAUAAGCCUUUUUUUCUAUGGUCAAUUCACUUGCCAGUUGUACUCAAAGUUCAAGUCCAUGUCAAAGCUUACUAGUUGUGACUUGUGGUGCCUUUUUAUUCAUGCAGAAGAAGUGAGACUGAUGUAUGUGAAUAUAAUUCAUAUGAACUUUGUCAAAUUCGGCUUUAGUUGUAACAAAACACAAUUAUAUUCAAUUGUUCUCUUUUCAUUUCAUUUUUAUAAAGCAUGUUACUCUUGGUCU